UCCAGUUCAUUACUUGGAAACAGAAUAAAAUAUAUAGCUUCAAGUUCAUUCUUAUCAUUAGAAUCACUGUCACAUUUAUAUUUUGAUGCAUUUUACAUGUGUGGCUAUGUAAGACAUUAUGAACAAUGUAGUCCAUGGGGUGAUGGUAUAUCAAGUCAAGAGGAUUUAUUAGAAAACCGUAUCCUAAGAGUGAUGAUCUGGGUAGUUGCUGUUCUCGCAUGUUUUGGAAACUCAGCUGUAAUUCUUGGGCGGUUCCUUAUUCGCGAAGACAACCAAAUUCAUUCGUUUUUCAUCAAAAAUCUCUCAUUAGCUGAUUUGAUAAUGGGAAUAUAUUUGAUGAUUAUAGCAUCACAAGAUUUAAACUAUCGUGGUGUAUAUUUAGUGUAUGAUAUAGAAUGGAGAAACAGUUGGGCCUGUGAUCUUAGUGGUAUAUUGACUACUCUUAGUUCCGAAGUUUCUGUCCUUACUUUAACAUUAAUAACAUUUGAUAGAUAUAUGUGUAUAACCUAUCCAUUAUCAUUACGAAAACGUAAUAUUCGCCUUGCCUGUACUAUUAUUAUUGUGAUAUGGACUAUUAGUGUGUUGUUGUCGGUUUUACCAACUCUGGGACUGUCGUAUUUCGGUUCAUAUUUUUACCGAAAUAACGCUGUGUGUGUUCCUCUAUUAUUACACGAACCUUGGAGUAAUGGCUGGGAAUAUUCAGUCUUUAUGUUUGUUGGAUUAAACCUGGUAUCUUUCGCUUUUAUAAGUUAUGCUUAUUGUUCAAUGUUCUUCUCUAUCAGACAGUCUAGAAUGGUGCUGAGAAGUACCCAUGUUGAUCACGAGCGAUCAUUAAUGAAGAGAUUUUCACUAAUAGUUAUUACAGACUUCAUUUGUUGGAUGCCUAUAAUCUGUCUCAAAUUAGCAGCUUUAGGAGGACUGGAUAUUCGAGGCAAUUUAUAUAGCUGGAUUGUGAUUUUUAUAUUACCAGUCAAUAGUGCAUUAAACCCAUUGUUAUAUACAUUAACCACUAAAGUGUUCAAACAAACAUUUUGGAACCGUUUGUACAAUAUCAUUUGCCGCAGAAACGUU